AUGAGUAUGGUUGGAGAAUUGACUUACUUCCUUGGUCUUCAAAUCAAGCAAAUGGAAGACUCCACCUUUUUGUCUCAAAGUAAAUAUGCCAAGAACAUAGUGAAAAAGUUUGGAAUGGAUAAUGCGAGUCACAAAAGAACUCCUGCACCAACACAUCUAAAGCUAUCCAAAGAUGAAGGGGGCAUAAGUGUUGACCAGAGUUUGUACAGGAGCGUGAUUGGAAGCUUGCUAUAUCUAAAAGCCAGCAGACCAGAUAUUGCAUUUGCAGUUGGAACAUGUGCCAGAUAUCAAGCAGAGCCAAAGGUAAGUCACUUAAACCAAGUCAAGAGAAUCUUCAAAUAUGUAAAUGGAACUUCUGACUAUGGCAUAUUGUACACUCACGGGUGUGACCCUAUUCUGACUGGAUAUUGUUAUGCUGACUGGGCCGGAAGUGCUAAUGACAGAAAAAGCACAUCUGGUGGAUAUUUCUUCUUAGGAAACAAUCUCAUAUCAUGGCUUAGCAAGAAGCAGAACUGUGUCUCAUUAUCAACUACUGAAGCAGAAUACAUAGCAGCUGGUAGUAGUUGUUCUCAACUGAAUGUCAUGACUUUGUACUGUGACAAUCUCAGUGCUAUCAACAUCUCCAAAAAUCCAAUUCAGCAUAGCAGAACCAAACAUAUAGAUAUCCGACAUCACUUUAUCAGAGAACUCGUAAAAGACAAGGUGAUCUGCUUAGAACAUGUAUCCACUGAACUUCAGCUAGCUGGCAUUUUCACAAAAGCCAUUGAUGCUACACAGUUUGAAAACUUGCGGAGCAAAACUUCUCCUUCCUCACUUGAGAAUGACGGCGGCCUCUCCUUCUCACGAAAUGGAGACGGAAGGCAGCGUAGUACGGUGGAGUCUUCUCCGAUCAAAUUCCUCUCGUCUCACCUCUCGUCUUCCACUUUCUCAGUUUCCCCAUCUCAGCUUCUCUCUCUCCAACUCAUUGUUCUUGUGAGCUUACAAACAGCACCGGAGAAAGAAUUAACGCAGAGGUGUUUCUUCCGAUUGAAGAUUGAUCCGGUGAAGGAGAUUGCUUGA